AGCGCCCCGAUAUGCUCUGCGCAUGCGUAGCAUUUUCUCCAAAACCAAGAUGGCGGUACAAGAAACAGCUGCUCAACUCUCUAUGGCUCUUAAGGUUCAAGAAUAUCCAACUUUGAAGGUUCCUUAUGAGACGUUAAACAAGCGAUUCCGUGCCGCACAGAAGAACAUAGACCGCGAGACAAGCCACGUGACCAUGGUGGUAGCUGAACUGGAGAAAACCCUGAGCAGCUCCUUCCCUGUGGUGGACUCUGUGGUCUCUCUGCUGGAUGGUGUGGUGGAGAAAUUAAGUGCACUCAAACGGAAGGCGGCAGAAUCAAUCCAGGCUGAAGAUGAGAGCGCUAAGCUCUGUAAACGGCGUAUCGAGCACCUGAAGGAGCACAGCAGUGACCAGCCGUCUAACGUCAGUGUGUGGAAGAGGAAGCGCAUGGACCGCAUGAUGGUGGAGCACCUGCUGCGCUGCGGCUACUACAACACCGCCGUCAAGCUCGCCAAACAAAGUGGGAUCGAGGAUUUGGUCAACAUUGAGAUGUUCCUCACUGCAAAGGAAGUGGAGGAAUCUCUUGAAAGGCAGGAGACAGCUACCUGCUUGGCCUGGUGCCAUGACAACAAGUCUCGCCUGAGAAAAAUGAAGAGCUGUCUGGAGUUCAGUUUAAGGAUCCAAGAAUUUAUCGAGCUCAUUCGACAGAACAAACGCAUGGAUGCAGUACGACAUGCACGUAAACACUUUAGCCAAGCAGAAGGAGGGCAGCUGGAUGAGGUUCGGCAGGUGAUGGGCAUGCUGGCAUUUCCUUCUGACACUCACAUUUCCCCAUACAAGGACCUUCUGGAUCCAGGCCGCUGGAAAAUGCUGAUCCAACAAUUCAGAUACGACAAUUACAGAUUACACCAGCUGGGGAACAACUCUGUGUUCACCAUCACUCUGCAGGCAGGGCUGUCUGCCAUCAAAACCCCACAGUGUUACAAAGAGGAUGGUACCUCUAAAAACCCAGACUGUCCUGUUUGCAGCAAGUCCCUAAACAAGCUGGCUCAGCCUCUCCCUAUGGCCCACUGCGCAAACUCCCGUCUGGUGUGUAAAAUCUCUGGAGAGGUCAUGAACGAGAACAACCCACCCAUGAUGCUGCCUAAUGGCUAUGUUUAUGGCUAUAAUUCUCUUUUGUCUAUUCGCCAAGACGACAAGGUGGUGUGCCCCAGAACCAAAGAAGUCUUCAGCUUCUCCCAGGCCGAAAAGGUUUACAUCAUGUGAUGAGACCUCCAGAGCCUAGUUCAAGAUUUUGAAUUUUUUUUUUUUUUUUUUUUUUUUUUAAACCACCCAGGAGUCGAUGAAUCCCAAAACGACAAAACCUAUAGUCUAAAGGCCUCUGUUCCUCAGCCCGUUCCAUGAGACUGACUUCACUUGGCCUCUGCCAAACCUUUUCAGAGAAAGGUUUCUCAUCCAUUGGAGGUUUUUAACUAUACAGCUGAAUGGUGAAAACAGUGUAGAACAAUACAUCAUUUCAAAAAAAGGUUGAUAUUUUGCCAUUUUCCUUCACUAGCUUCUUGAAAGUUGUGUGAUGUCAAAAGGACAUGGCUCCACAUUAUAUGUCUGAGAGCUUCUGCCUUUUUAGUGUGCUUAAAAUGACCGAUUAUUUUAAUCAGUGGUGCCCUUUUUUUCCGACCGAAGUGUUUAAAGCAUAACAUGGUCCACUUUCUAAUAUCUUGCCUGAGCACCUGUAAGAACUUUUUUUGUUUUUUUACCACAUAUGGUUGGUUAAUACCAGCACAUCUCUUUCUCUCUCUCUCUCUCUCUCUCUCUCUCUGUCUUUCUCUCUCACAGACAGACACACACACACACACACACUCUUGUACUUACUGCCGUUGCAGUUACCUUAUACCUUAUAGAAAGUGUAGUAGCGUCAGUGGAAAAACUUCACACAUAAUUCUCUGUUGAUGUAACUAGGUGUAGAAAGACAUUGCAGUUCGUUGGUAGCUAUUUGUGAAGGGUUGUUAGUAGACUAAACUUUACAUCACAUGCCGUGUUUUUUAAAGGUCCAUCAUUACAAUAAUACUUGUGUCCAUGAGCAACAACUACAAGUGUAGCAGGAUUUUAAUGUGACUAAAGUCAGAGAUUGUGAGGACAUUCUGUGAGGAAAUCUGAUUUAUCAUACAAAAUAUCCAUGAUCUAAUGUCAGAGUUAGUGGUGGUUUUCGAUUAAAGAAGAAUGAAUUCAUUCUGAGGUGUGCACAAUUUUCUUUUUUCAAUUUUUUAAUGCCGCACUUUCCUGCUGUAGUAGGAAGAUCAAGCCUGGUUAGUUCAGUAGUAGUUCCACGAUGUAUUCUGGUGAAGUGAUCCGUAUUUAUUUACCCUCAAGAAUUAAGUAAUAAAACAGAAGGAACAAACGUCCAGUAUAGUUAAUGUGACAUCUGUUUCCUCCCAUGAUCAACUUUUUUUUUUUUUUUUUUGGGAGACCCAAAGGAAUCUCGUGGAUUUCACACGGAUCUCACAUCGAUCCCAUUCUUGGUGCGCACCUCUGCAUUCAUUCACCAAAACAGCCUGUAGUGUCUGAAUCUCAGGUUAGAUUGACAUCGUACAUGCUAUACCAUAAAGCCUGACUCACUGUGUCUCCAUACCUCACAAGACCAUCAAUUGUUACUUCACAUUUCUCGAAAAAUAGACUGUCUUCCUAUUUUGUGUUAGGUCUUAAUGGUAAGGGCUACAUAGGUUCGGGAUUGAUAAGGUCUUAACCACUUUGUCAUGUGAUUUUCUUUCUCUUUUUUUUUUUUUUUUUAAAAUAUGCUUCAGAUAAUCAUCGGGAUUUUUUUGUUUUUGUUUUUCAGAUGAAGCACUAAAUAGUUUUGUGUUGUUUUACAAGCACACAUUUUCUAUUUUAGAAUCCACACCGUUCCAGUUUUCCCUGUCAGGUAGCAGUUAGGUCGUUUAUGAGCACCUAUUUUUUAAGCACACUGUCCUUUUUUCCUUUAUAUUUGGCAAGCUGCUUUCAAAUGUGCUAUUUUAUUGUAAGUGUAGAAAGGCUACUUAGAUACUGCUCUUGCAUGUGUGUACUCAUAGAGUAGUUGGGUUGUUCAUGUUUAGUCAAAUAAAAAAUUAUUUGAAUAAA